CUUGUCGAAUGCCCUUUUUCGCUCCUUUUUACUUGCUACCAAUCUUGAGUUUGAAUGGUGAUCUCAGUGAAAUCUCCACUGUUUAUUCAAUCUUUUUGGCGGAUUUCUGAUUUCGUCCGGAUCCCGUUAAGAUGUUUUUUUCCAUUGACGAAAGAUUCUACCAAGUUCUUCAAACUUCAAUUGUUGAUUGCAAUCACAAGUGCGUACAUGACAUUUAUUGCUCUUCCGAUGAAGAAUCAGUUUCAUCCAUUGCUUUAGCCAUAACAUAUUGGCAGGAAUGGAAAAACUCAUCCUUGAUACGCCGAGUAUUAUUAUUGUCACUAUUUGGUCCCAGAGUAGGAACUAGAUUGAUCUCAUAUUGUUACAGAGUAGGAGGUAGAUUGAUAUUAGAAUGUUCGAAAUGCUUAUGCGUGUAUGCCAGAAAAAUUUGUGCAGAAAUGCAGUGCUUUCUAUUCAGUGUGCAAAGAACCUUGCUAGGGUCUUCUCUUGAUAUUGGGUGGUUGCAGAGGACCAAUCAAUUACCCAUAGUGGAGGAUGGUACAACACGUUUCAUGGAACUGCUUCAUGAUGUCAGAAAUGGUGUGCACUGCCUUCCUAACAAUCUGGUUUAUUUGUUGAUUCCUGGCCUUUUCAGUAACCAUGGUUCGUUGUACUUUGUAAAUACUAAACGAUGUUUUUCCAAGAUGGGUCUAACUUGUCAUAUUGCCAAGAUCCAUAGUGAGGCUUCCGUGGAGAAAAAUUCAUGGGAGCUCAAGCAAUACAUUGAGGAACUGUGCUGGGGAUCGGGAAAGCGUGUGAUGCUUCUCGGACAUAGCAAAGGCGGUGUCGAUGCAGCAGCAGCACUUUCGAUCUAUUGGUCCGACCUCAGUGACAAGGUUGCUGGAUUAGCACUUGUUCAGAGCCCUUAUGGUGGUUGUCCCAUUGCUUCUGAUAUCCUGCGAGAAGGUCAGGUUGCCGGCCAGGAGGCUCGACGGAUCAUGGAAUUUAUCAUAUGCAAAAUAAUCAAGGGGGAUAUGAGAUCUUUAGAGGAUCUUACUUACGAAAAGAGAAAGGAUUUCAUCUCAAAGCACACGCUUCCUUUGGGACAAAUCCCACUAAUUUCAUUCCACACGGAAGCUAGCAUUGCUCCUGGAGUUCUUGCCACAAUGUCUCACAUCGCCCAUGCUGAGCUCCCAUGGCUUCUUCCCCUUCCUCCUUUCCUACGGUGGUUUGAAUCUGAAAAUUUUGGCGGGAAAGUUCCUGUCAUCCUCCCUGCAUCUGCCGCAAUGGCAAUUACUGCAUUGCACAUGAAGUUACGGUACGGAGAGCCAAGCGAUGGACUGGUGGCGAGGUGCGAUGCGGAGGUUCCUGGGUCAGUGGUUGUUAGACUAGAGAAGAAGCUCGACCAUUCGUGGAUGGUUUACUCAUCCCUCAAUAAGGACCACCUUGAGCCGGAUGCUAGUGAGAUGUGUGAAGCUCUACUAACCAUGCUCGUAGAGAUUGGAACGACAAAGAAGAUGCAGGGAGACCAAGUGGAGAACUCCAUGAUCUAAAGAGGUCAGUUUUUGCGAGGUCGUAGACACCAAGUCACCAGCCAUCACCAGUUUUAAGAAUAAGGCUACUCAAACAUAUAUACCUCAUGUCAAUGUUUGUUGGUAUCCAAAUUAGCGAAGAACAUUCUAGUUAAAUUGUUCAACUGAGCAUUUAUGUUUUGACUGAUCAAGCUUAAAUUUGUUCUUAUAGUUUUUUUUAAAAAACGGAUUCACGUCUAGACUAGAAUAAGAAAGCAGAGAUUCCUGUUGGAUUUCAA